UCGUCAAACUUCAAAACACAUAUAAAAAUACAUAAAGAAAUUUCGGAAGACGAAGAAAAGACGAAACUAAUACGAUGGAAGUAUUUCAAAUAUUUAAACCAAUACUCUUCACAAUGUGUUAUCUGUAAUACAGAAGUUCCGUCUACAACUGAAUCUGUAGAACAUCAUUUAAGUUUGCAUUCUGAAGAACAACAAAAGAAUAAUAUAUAUGGAACAGAUUGGACAUUGAGAUUUCGGACAGAAAAAAAUGAUAAUAUAGUGGAAUGUAAUAUUUGUCAUAAAGAUAUAUCUCUUUCUAUUCUAAAAAGUUUAGAUCGUCAUGCAAAAAAUCAACAUUUGGACAAAUUGAAAAAUACGCAAGAAGCAUACGACACAGUUGGUUCGUCAGAACGCGUUUCAUCACUUCAAACGGACACAAUGUCUCUAAGCAUUAUAACUAACAAGAAUGUGUGGGAAUAUUAUACAAAAGUGUCGGAUUUCAAAGCGAAAUGCAAGUCUUGCGAAAAUACAUAUUUUUAUAAAAACUCGUCAAACUUCAAAACACAUAUAAAAAUACAUAAAGAAAUUUCGGAAGACGAAGAAAAGACGAAACUAAUACGAUGGAAGUAUUUCAAAUAUUUAAACCAAUACUCUUCACAAUGUGUUAUCUGUAAUACAGAUGUUCCGUCUACAACUGAAUCUGUAGAACAUCAUUUAAAUUUGCAUUCUGAAGAACAACAAAAGAAUUAUUAUGUAUAUGGAACAAAUUGGACAUUGAGAUUUCGGACAGAAAUAAAUGAUAAUAUAGUGGAAUUUAAUAUUUGUCAUAAAAAUAUAUUUCUUUCUAUUUCAAAAAGUUUAGAUUAUCAUACAAGAAAUAAACAUUUGGACACAUUGAAAAAUACGCAAGAAGCAUACGACACAGUUGGUUCGUCAGAACGCGUUUCAUCACUUCAAACGGACACAAUGUCUCUAAGCAUUAUAACUAACAAGAAUGUGUGGGAAUAUUAUACAAAAGUGUCGGAUUUCAAAGCGAAAUGCAAGUCUUGCGAAAAUACAUAUCUUUAUAAAGACUCGUCAAACUUCAAAACACAUAUAAAAAUACAUAAAGAAAUUUCGGAAGACGAAGAAAAGACGAAACUAAUACGAUGGAAGUAUUUCAAAUAUUUAAACCAAUACUCUUCACAAUGUGUUAUCUGUAAUACAGAUGUUCCGUCUACAACUGAAUCUGUAGAACAUCAUUUAAGUUUGCAUUCCGAACAGCAACAAAAGAAUUAUUAUGUAUAUGGAACAAAUUGGACAUUGAGAUUUCGGACAGAAAUAAAUGAUAAUAUAGUGGAAUGUAAUAUUUGCCAUAAGAAUAUAUCUCUUUGUUUUUCAAAAAGUUUAGAUUAUCAUACAAGAAAUAAACAUUUGGACAAAUUGAAAAAUACGCAAGAAGCAUACGACAGAGUUGGUUCGGCAGAACGCGUUUUAUCACUUCAAACGGACACAAUGUCUGAAAGAUUAUUUACGCUUGCAUUCUAAGAAACAAUUAAAAAAACAUACAUCUCAGAGUUGGCUAUGGGGAAUAAGUACCAAAAGUGAUUAUUUUGAAGUAGAGCAUAACAUGCAGAAACAUAUCUAUUGCUAUUGCAACUCAUUUCAAUCACCAUAUCAAAGAUGAACAUCAUUUGGCAAACCAACUAAACUGAAUAAAAAAAAGGCAAUUUAUCCAGAAGUUGACAAUGGAAAUGAUGAUCCAAGU